UGUUGCAUGAACAACAAUUCACUUUCAUUUGCACACUUCAUCGCUUUGCCUUCCUCUCGUCUCAUGUAUAAAUAACCCCUACCAUUCCCCAUCACUGCCUCGCACAUUGUUCACUCAAACACACACAUUCACACACUCAAAAUCAAAAGAUCUCAGCUUCAUUCACUUACCCUAUGAAGAUGGUUCAAGCAACAGUUUUCCUUCUCGCGUUUCUCGUCGUCGUCAGCUCCUCUCUGCUCGACUCGACAAUGGCCGAAUCAAGUUUCUGCGGGUCCAAGUGCUCGGCGAGGUGCUCGAAGGCGGGGAUGAAGGAUCGGUGCAUCAAGUACUGUCAGAUUUGCUGUGACAAGUGCAAGUGCGUCCCCUCCGGCACGUACGGCAACAAGCACGAGUGCCCUUGUUACCGUGACCUCAAGAACUCCAAGGGCAAGCCGAAAUGCCCUUGAACAUCAUUAACGCCUUAAAUAUUCGUUAACUAUGAUUAUCAAAAUAAUUACGCCUAUCUUACGUUAUAGGGCUUAUGAAGUGCUAUCGAGACAUAUAUGUUUGAGACUAGACAGCUGGUUAUCAGCUUAUCUUGGUCACUUGAGUUCAUUUUGGAUGUGGAUAUGCCACGAAAAUGGAACAUGAUACCGCCUGUAGUUUAAAGCA